AUGAAGUUUGCUCUGGUCUCCGUGCUCCCUCUGGCUUCGGCUGCUGCUCUGCCAGCGCUGGCUCCAAGGCAAAGCUACUUCAGCUUCGGGAACGCAUUCUCGACGGGUCCAGUCGCCGAAGACUCCUUCAUCCGCCAAUCUACUACGACGCUCGUCCUGCCGGACCUGCAAAGCCCACACACUGGCAACCUGGGCCUGUGGCCUGGUGUCGGUACCAAGUUCCCAGACAGCGACCAGGACGGUCAGCUUGUGCAGGGUCUUGCGAUCUCCACCGUCGGUUACGGGUCUCCUUGCAACUUUGAUGCCAACGAGGUGAAGUGGUGCAUCACUGCCAGCACAUACGAUGGGAGCCAGCAGGACGGCGACGUCGUCGCUGCUGACCCAGGUGACCACGUUACUUACGAUUACAAGUACAACGACGCUACCAAACAAAUCGACCAGACUGUCUCCGUGAACGGCGCAGUCGUCUCGACGCUGUCUACAACGAGCGGCGUGGGCGCGGGCUGGGGCACAGCCAUGGAAUGCCAGCAAGCCAAAUGCGGCACUGUUCCCGAGCAUCACUAUGUCAACACCACCUUGAUCAUGGAUGUUGCCGACCCCAACUACAGCCAAACCCUCGGGAUGACUGGCGCUUCUGGCGACCUUGUUACCGAUGAUGGCGGCAAAACCUGGACUGUCGCUGAUAUCAAGAUUGAAGAAUAUACUUACACUUAG